AUGAGCACGGAGAAGCUCACUAUGGAUAGCGAUGGUUAUUUCAGCCAUCGUCGCGGCCCCGGCCCCGGUCCCAUCGCCUUCACCUCGCUGGUGCAACUCUUGACCGCGAGUAUGUCCGUGAUCAUCAUCGUCCUCGCUAUCCAACAGGGGACACACUACCAGAAGAUAGUCGCUGACCUCGAGAAGGAAGUGGCAGUCAUUAAGGCACGACGAGAGGUCGACUUGACGCUGCUCAGCGCUCGGCUAGACGCCCUGGAGGCAAAAACCAACAAUGCGCAAGUAACUGGUGACAUCAAUUCUCGUCCUCAGUCAUCAGAACCUGGGAAAACCAGUGCUGCCUCUAAAUCUGUUGCCGAGUCGUACGCCAGUAAUGGAAGUGCGGACGUCACUUGGCCAGCACAUCAUCAAAGACAAAAGAGGGCGGCGAACUCUGUGACAUGGCCGGCUGGGGCGGGCGCCUGUUUACAGGGUCCGCCUGGGAGAGACGGUCGGGACGGCAUGCCGGGCCAGGACUGUCCUUGUGGAACAAAAGAAAUAGAUGAACUACAAAGGAAGUGUGAGGAUCUCGAACAGAGGGUGUCAGACCUGGAGAAUACAACCGAGACCACGCCCACGCCCAUGCCUUGCUCAGGAGAUACAUGCAAUCUACCGUCUAGCUGCACCGAAGUAGCGGGAAGAAGUGGGUUUGAUAACCAGGCGUUCUACGUGAUCGACCCUGACGGACCAGGACGCGGGGUCCUGCCGAUGGUUGUUCAGUGCGACCUGGAGGGACAAACAGCAAUUACGCUGAUUGGCCACGACAGUGAGGCACGGACACAUGUGGAUGGGUUUGAGGCUCCAGCAAGCUACUCCAAGGAUGUGACCUACUGGAACAGCAUGGACCAAGUGAGAGCUGUGGUGGACCAGUCAUCUCUGUGCAAACAGCUCAUCAAGUAUGAAUGCCAUGGUUCAGUGAUCUGGGGCUCGACUGUAAGACCCCACGCCUGGUGGGUGACUUGGGACGGUCGCCAGACUGACUACUGGGGAGGUGCCAGUCCUGGGAGUGGGAAAUGUGCCUGUGGACAAACAGGCGCAUGCUCCGGUAGAUGCAAUUGUGAUGCCAAUGAUCUCAGAUGGCGUGAGGAUUCUGGGUUCCUGUCCCACAAAAAUGACCUGCCGGUCACCCAGCUCAGGUUUGGAGAUACUGGUGAUGCACGCGAAGAAGGCUAUUACACCCUGGGAAAACUUAUCUGCUAUCCAUGA